UUUUCUCGACGCUAAAGAUAUGAUGGAGCAUGAAUAUGUGUAGCUGCAGAGUUAAUUGGUUAUCUUUGCGAUCUAAUUGAGAUGAUCAAUUAAUUAGUUAUCUUUGUGAAGGAAUGGCGGUGAAUGGAGGAGCCCCGCCAAGAGGAAGUGCAGCGGCCACUGCCGCCAACUUGCGGAGGAGGAGGACAGGCGGCACUGGAGGAGCGACAGGCGGAACAGCUGGAAACAUGCUCCAGUUUUACACCGAUGAUGCCCCUGGAUUAAAGAUCUCUCCAAAUGUUGUUCUCGUGAUGAGCAUCGGCUUCAUUGCUUUUGUUGCCGUUCUCCACGUUAUGGGUAAGUUGUACUUUGUCCGAAGAGAGGCUUAAAUGAAAGGAUCCUUCUUACUCCAUCGCUAGGUUAUAUCUUUUAAUUUACUUUCUGCUUUUUGAUCCGUCGAAUCGCAGAGUCUUUAUCUUUUCGUUGUCUCUUAGAACGUUUCGACAUUAACUAAAUGAAUUAGAGAAUUGCU